AUGAGUAGUCAAGCAUCAAAAUAUACACCACGAAAUAUAACUAUUAAAAAAUCUAAUGAUGGUUUUGGUUUUAAUGUACGUGGACAAGUUGUUGAAGGUGGUCAAAUAAGAGCUAUUCACGGAACACUCUAUGGACCAUUACAACAUGUAUCAGCGGUAUCAAAUCAUAGUUCAGCUGAACAAGCUGGACUUUGUAUUGGAGAUAAAAUUCUCAAAGUGAAUGGUAUUGAUGUUGAAGGUGCAUCACAUAAACAAGUUGUUGAUUUAAUUAAACAUAGUACCGAUGAACUUAAUCUUGUUGUUAUUGCUUCAACUGGUGAAGAUAGACGUAUUAAUAUGUAUUCAGGUGAAGACUCAAGUGGAAGUUCAAAUGAUUAUACAGAACGACGUUCAUUAGCAAUUACAAUACCAGAUUAUAGUUUAAUAGAAAUUCACGGUGAAAAAUUUUAUGUAUUCAAUGUCUAUAUUGCUGGUCGUCAUCUAUGUUCGAGACGUUAUCGUGAAUUUGAUUCAUUACAUCAACUUUUAAAACAAGAAUAUCCAGAUUUUCCAUUUAGUCCUCUACCAAAAAAAUGGCCAUUUAAAUUAUCUGAUCAACAAUUAGAUACCCGACGACGUGGUCUUGAACAAUACAUUGAAAAAAUUUGUUCGGUUCGUGUUGUUGGUGAUAGUGAUUUAGUACAAGAAUUUUUAUCAGCUGAUCUUUAUGAACGUGAUUCAGUUUCAAUUGAUGUUGAACUUAAAAUAAUGUUACCUGAUCGAUCAAUAACUAUUUUAAAAAUCAAACGUUUUUCUAAUGCUGAUAAAGUUUAUCAAGCUGUUGCAGAAAAAAUUGAUUUACCCAAAGAAUGUAUACCGUAUUUUUAUCUAUUUGAAAUUCUUGAUUAUAACUUUGAACGAAAACUUCAUUCAAAUGAAUAUCCACAUCAAAUUUAUGUUUACAAUUGUUGUACAGCUAAUACGACUUGUUUAUGUUUGCGUAAAUUUAUUUUUUCACCAAUUGUAGAAAAUCAACUUUUAAAAUAUCCAUUAGCACGAAAUUAUUUAUAUCGAGAGGCAGUUGAUCAAUUAAGUCAUUCCGAAAAUUCAACAAUCGAUCAACGAUCAACAUUGAAAUCAUUCAAUGAAAUCGAAUAUAUAAAAUAUGCUCAAACAUUAACUGAUAUUUAUAAUACAAUAACAUUCCCUCCAUGUCCAUGUAGUUCACGUAAAGAUAAUGGUUGUAUUAUAUUAUCUUUAAAUUCUACACGUCUUCGUUUACAUGCUUGUUCAAAUGACGGACAAUUAGAUUCAGAUCAUAUAGCAAAUUUUGAUUGGACAAAUAUUGAACAAUAUUAUAUUUCAGGAGAAUAUUUUAUAUUUGAAUAUAAACGUUCAACAAUGAAUACAACUAAAGCAAUUAAAUUACAAACACCAUUUGCACAAUUUAUGUAUGAUUGUUUCGAAUGUAUUCUUCGGGAAUUACAGACAACUAUUAAACAAAUCGAACAACAUGAAUAA